GCAAACAUUGAGACCUCACUUUGUGCCAUGAUCGAUGAUCGUGGCGCCAUGGGAUGCGUCUUCACCCGAUGCACUGCUGCAAGUACUGCGAGGGGCAGAAGUCACCCGGCAUCAGAACAAGCUGAUCCUCCGCAAUGCCUUUGAUUGGAGGCAACUCUUGGAACUGGCGGAGAAGCUCAACGAGGAGUCGCAUGCGCUGAACGUUUGCACCAUCCUCCACCGCCUCGCCAAAGGGGUGGCACGUGAGGGGCCUCGAGGUAUGUCAGAUCGUGCCCGGUCUUUGCGCAGCACUUUUGCCUGGCAAAGACUCACUUUUUUGGUGGAGAAAUUGGUGGCUGAUCUGAACAACAUGGAAUUGACAAAUUGCCUUUGGGCUUUAGCAGUGCUGGAAGCCAAUGGCCCUCAAGAAGAAGCUCUUUUGAAUUCUUUGAUCGCUGCUUGCUCCCAGUAUCUCUCCAGUUUCGAGCCACGGAACCUGGCACUCUCUGCCUGGGCUUUGGCCAAGAUGGGCUUGGAGAAGCAAUGGUGCCCACGAUGGGCGGAGGCCGUGGCAGUGAAGCUCCAAAGCUUUGAGACUCGAGACAUGACCAAUGUCAUAUGGGCAUUUGCCACAGUAUACUGGCGUGAUGAACGAUUCUUGAUGCGCUUUUGCAAGGAGGUGGAAGUGAAAGCAGAGCACUACUCUCCCCAGGAUGUGGGCAACACCCUGUGGGCCUUAGCGACGCUCUCUUGGAAGAACGACCUGGCCUUAACAGCCAUCUCCAAGCGAUGCUUUGACACCGCAGUCCACUUUGAUCAACAGAAUCUCUCCAUUUCACUCUGGAGCUAUGCCACCCUUGGCUACAAGACAAUGAAUCUGUUUCAUCACAUGACGCAAAUCAUCACCGAGCGCAUCAAGAGCUUCGCUGCACAAGGUAUUGCUAACGUGUGCUGGGCCCUUGCCAAAUUCCAAUUCCAACAGAAGUGCUUGCUGAUGACGAUUGCAGAAGAGGCUCCGACGCGGCUCGAUGACUUUGACCCGCAGCACAUGUCGAUUCUGGCAUGGGCAUAUGCCACCCUUGAGUUCCCAAACAGACCGUUGCUGACCGCAUUGUGCCAGGCUGCCGUACGGAAGAUGCCCAUGUUCAAUGCACAGCACAUGGCAAACAUGACCUGGGCCAUGGCCACCCUUGCCCACAAGGAUGAGCGGUACUUGCACGUUCUGGCGGAAAGGGCAAUGGAAGAGGUGGCACGCUUCAAUCCUCAAGAGUGCUCCAACUUGGUUUGGGCCUUCGCUUUGCUGACCUUCCGCGACGACGCCUUGCUUCAGGCCCUGAGCCGUCGCUCACAGGAGAUCGUGGCGGACUUCAUCCCGCAGAACUUGGGCAACACCGCGUGGGCCUACAAUCGUUUGGGCUAUCGUGACGAGCAGCUCAUGCAGUGCCUGGUGCGGGAGGCAGCAGGCCGCUUGCAGGAUUGUGCGGGGCAGGAGGUCUUAGACCUCAUCGAGUCCAUCGUUACAGGUGGAUAUGAGGCCUCUGUGGAAGGCCCCGAGUGGCAGCGGCUGGCCUGCUGGGCUGGACAGAAGGUGGAGGCGGUGGCGCGCUGCGUGGUCAGCUCCAGCGAGAUGCCGCUGACGCUCCGGAAGCUCCCAGACUUCGAUCGGGCGCUCGCCGUGCAGGACUACCAGGAUCACUUGGCCAGCUUUAGCUUGGUCGGCCUGGGGUUCACCUAUACGUGCCAAAUCUUGGAGCAGCUGGGCAUUCGCCUCCUCAACGGCUCAGAGAAGGAGGCCUGGCAGAAGGUCGCCCAGGAAGCCUCGAACUCGAUCAGCGGCACGGGCAAUCAGUCUGACGUCAGCAAAAAUGUGGAGGCACAAGAAGGACUGAAGAUUUGCCGCACGAUUUGCGUCUACCGCUAUGCCUUGCAGCUUGGACCGGAGACGGUGUGCGUGGGGCCCACGGCGGUGACCAGUGGUCCGGCGCGAGACGCCCACGAGCUGGGGCUUUUCGCAGCCACUUUGAGGCAUCCGAGGGGUGGGGACGGCGAGUUCCAAGCGCUCCAAGCAUGUGCCCGAGCCUCCAUGCAGCUGGGUUGUGAACCCACCGGUGCUCCUCCGAUGGAUGGCUCUGCGGUGGAAGGGGAGCUUUGGCUUCAUGUCUCCGAGGUGCCCUGUCUCUCCUGCGUCGGGGCCAUGGCGCAGUUCCGGAAGGUCUUCCCCGAUGUGAGCAUCCUGAUCUCCUUCAAUCUGGGAAGGCAGCCUUCGGAGAAGUCGCAGGCAGAUGCCCGGCCCCAGCCACGAGGGUCGUGAUCGGAGCGAAGCCCGGAGAAAGAGC